UUAAAGAAAUAAAAAUCUAUCCAUUGUUUUCCUGUAUGUUGUGUUUUCUUUGUACUUCUUCGAUGCUGAAAGGUUGUAUUGAUCAGAACCGAUGUGGAUCCCUUAGUUCAAGUCCAGUAAGAAAUGAAUCUUCUAUACCACAGAGCAGAAGGUUCUGUAUAAUACGGCUCCUACGAUGCAAGCUUGUGGGAGCAUUGAUUUGCAGCGCACGAGAUGAUGGGGUCUGUGUUAAAUAUCUUGAUACCUCUGCUCUCUAGUCUCCCUAAUAAUAAUGAUAAUAUUUUCUCAGAUAGUAUCCUUGGCAACUAGGAUACCACAAACAUUAACAUAAAUACUUGUCUAGGUAAAUAAUACUAGUAUACAUUCUAAUAUUAAAUACCCAUAAUAAUCUAUUCUAAAUAUGCUGAGCAAUAGAUUUUACUAAAGUACUUGUUAUUAUCAGGCUAGCAGAUCAAGAGGCUGCUUGAUGAGGUUCUGGGAUCAAUAAGCUACUAACAACCAAACGAGCAAGAUGGGCCGAAUGGCCUCCUCUCGCUUGUAAGCUUUCUUAUGUUCUUAGUAUAGUGUACAGUUAUAGUCACUGCAAGUACACAUACACGCCACAAGAGGGCAGAGUGUGGAGAUCUGUUCCUUUGUUUGGAGGGGACGCGCUGUUUUUCUUUCUCUUUUCGUCAGCAGGAAGCGUCAGGCCGGGUGGCUUAGCGGUGUGGAGAUUGAGAGGGGAGUGGGUUGUGAGCUUGGCGCAGUGUAGAGAAUGGCAGACCGUGUCGCGGAAUACACGUCCCGAAUUCAACAGCAGGAGCGCGAGGUCCGAUCUCUUUCUGCUGAGAUUGAGAAGUUGAAGAAUCCGGAGACAGCAGGCUUCUCGUCACAUCUGGAAGGGCUACGGGAGGAGAACGCAAAACUCAAAUAUCGUCUGAAUAUUCUGAAGAAGAGCCUCCAGGAGGAAAGCAGCAAGUGUAGUAAAAACAUGAUCAACAUCAAUGAGAGGCUUCAGGAAACCUUCGGGGACGCCAUCCGUGCCGCCUACCCACACCUGGAGAACGCCCCCCUGGCUGUGACUCCCAACCAGCAGCCCAGGUUCGGAGAUUAUCAGUGCAACAGUGCCAUGGCAAUGGCUCAGAUGAUGAAGUCAAAAGGACAGAAGGUCAGUCCGAGGGAAAUUGCAGAGAAUAUUGUCAAGAACAUUCCUGACAAUGAGAUCAUUGAGAAAGUGGAGAUCGCCGGACCAGGGUUUAUCAAUGUGCAUCUCAGAAAGGACUUUGUGUCUAAACUGCUGACAAGCCUGCUGGUCAACGGUGUGCAGCCUGCAGCAGCAGGACCCAAGAAAAAGGUCGUUGUGGAUUUCUCUUCUCCUAACAUUGCCAAGGAGAUGCACGUGGGUCACCUGAGGUCCACGAUCAUCGGAGACAGCAUGUGCAGGCUCUUUGAGUUUCUGGGACACGAAGUCAUAAGAUUAAAUCACGUAGGUGACUGGGGGACCCAGUUCGGCAUGCUAAUCGCACACCUUCAGGACACAUUCCCAGACUACCUGACAGCCUCUCCACCCAUCGGAGACCUCCAGGCCUUCUACAAAGAGUCUAAGAAGCGUUUUGACAACGAGGAAGAGUUCAAAAAGCGUGCGUACCAGUGUGUGGUGAAGCUGCAGAGCAAAGACCCUGCCUUUAUUAAAGCAUGGAGUUCAAUCUGCGACGUCUCCAGGCAAGAGUUUCAGAAGGUCUAUGACUGUCUGGAUAUCCAGCUGAUUGAAAGGGGCGAGUCUUAUUAUCAGGAUAUGAUGACGGAAGUGGUGAAGGAAUUUGAAGACAAAGGGCUAGUGCAGGUGGAUGAAGGGCGUCGAGUGGUGUUCGCCCCGGGCUGUGCCGUGCCCCUGACGGUUGUGAAGUCAGAUGGAGGUUACACCUACGACACCUCGGACCUGGCAGCUCUGAGACACAGACUGUUUGAGGAGAAGGCAGAUAUCAUCAUCUAUGUGACGGACAGUGGGCAGGCUGGUCACUUCCAGAUCAUAUUCGCAGCAGCACAGAUGAUCGGCUGGUACGACCCCAAGGUGACCAGAGUGGAGCAUGCUGGCUUCGGAGUAGUGCUGGGGGAGGACAAGAAGAAGUUCAAGACCAGGUCAGGGGACACGGUUCGACUGAUGGACCUCUUGGACGAGGGACUGAAGCGCUCCAUGGACAAACUGAAGGACAAGGAAAGAGACAAGGUAUUAACCCCUGCAGAGCUGGAAGCUGCCCAGAAGGCGGUGGCGUUUGGCUGUGUGAAAUACGCGGAUCUCUCGCACAACCGCAUCAACGACUACAUCUUCUCCUUUGACAAGAUGCUGGAUGACCGAGGGAACACUGCAGCCUACCUUCUGUACGCCUUCACCAGGAUCAGGUCCAUCGCACGGCUGGCUAACAUCGACGAGGCCUCGCUGCGCAAGGCGGCUGGCAGCACGGAGAUGGUCCUGGACCACGAGAAGGAGUGGAAGCUGGGGAAGUGCAUCCUGAGGUUCCCUGAGAUCCUGCAGAAGAUCCUGGAGGAUCUGCUGCUCCACACGCUGUGUGACUACCUGUAUGAGCUCGCCACCACCUUCACUGAGUUCUACGACAACUGCUACUGCGUGGAGAAGGACCGGCACACCGGUAACGUGGUGAAGGUCAAUAUGUGGCGCAUGCUGCUGUGCGAUGCCACGGCCAUCGUCAUGGCGAAGGGCUUCGACAUCCUGGGGAUCAAGCCAGUCCAGAGGAUGUAGGAUGAAGCCGCGCACGCGCCUGCCACUCCUCACAGCACAUGCUGUAUCAGCUCUUAUAUUUUACUGUAUCUUAAAUAAAAAAGAAAACAAA